AUAAUCUAUGAUGUUGCAUGCCAGUGGAAUGUUAACUUCCAUGAACAGGUGGAUCAGAGCUACCACCUGUCUCUUCCUCAAUCAAUCAAAAUAUUGCCAGCAAUUGGCAAGUUUCAUUUGAGUGCUCAUAAGCUACCAUGCUUUGCCAGAUACAGCCUCAAUUUUAUUACAGGAGCUGGUCAUAUUGAUGGGGAAAUCUUGGAGACCCUCUGGGCCCCAUUUAACAAGAUUUCCCCCACUGUAAGAUCCAUGACUCUCUCUCACAGAAAGGAAGUCUUGGAUGACCAUAUGAGGGAUUCUAAUUGGAAGAAGCUUGUUGGAAUU